AUGAAGAUAUCACUGCCCAACACUGUCGAGAAAGUAGCUGCUGGUGAUGCUGGUACUUCGGUAGAAAAUCCCAUCGAUGCUCUGAUUAUCGGUGCUGGUCCUUCUGCCGUGGACCGUCAGGCAGGUCCAGGUGGUAUCUGGACAGGCCAUAUCCCGGAAUACUCGACUCUUCAAGACUUGGUCGUUGAAUAUGAGUGCCACGGUGUUAAAUUUCCUCGACGAGAGCCUCAGAGACGGGCAUCGAGAGACCAAGUUGCGGAGUUCUGUGAAGCAUAUUUCCAAGAAUUCCACCUCAAGCAACAUGUAUUAUGGCAGCAUGACGUGGUGCACGUGGAGAUGGUCAAGCCAAUGCUUCACAAAGUUGAACUCCGGCCCUUGGUAGAGGGAUUGGAGAAUUCCGUCUCUCGCACUGUUUACACUCGAAGUGUACUUGUCUGCACUGGACAUAACAUGUAUCCUUAUAUGCCCAAGUUCCCGGGCCAGGAAACAGCAACAUUCCCUAUCAUACACAACAAUAACAUUCGCGAGGCCAAGGAGAUCCCUACCUCUGAUGUUUUGAUUGUUGGAGCAGGUCCCUCCGCCAUGGAUAUCAUCCAACAAGCUUGUCUCACUCAAAAUGCAACGAACGUUCACGUGGUCGCACGCUCCGCUCACUGGGGUGCCCCAGAUAUGUGGUGGCCAUCACUCUGGAGAUUCGGAUGGACGGAUCUCCAUUUCUGCCGAGUCUUAUACCGAGUCCUUCCAAUCUUCGUCGUAGACUCCAUCUUAUACUUGAUCCAUUUCAUCUGGGCCCUAAUUCAAGGUGUCCCAGAAUGGCAACCCCCAUUCCACGAAGGUGCAUCCGCAAAAGUCGGCUACAUACUUCGAUCUCAUCUGGUCCCCGCAUACAAGAACGGCCAAUUCAAGAUACACAACGGCUGCAGCAUCAAGCUUAUCGACGGCGACACUGUCACUCUCACAGACGGCACAGUCCUCAAACCGAAAAUGUUCGUCGCAGCAACAGGCUGGUCAACCGAUUCUUCCUAUCUUCCCGAAGGCUGCGAAGCAGGCGAAUACGACUCCCUGGCUGCUGCUGACGCCGAGCGUCCUCUGUACCUCCGCUUCUAUGAUCAGGACUACCCCGGAAUCUUCUAUAUCUCGAUUGCGGCGGGCUUCAUUACGUAUACGGAGAACGCAUCGUUCCUUAGCCAGGCUGUUAAUCAAAUCUUGCGGGGGACUUGGACGCCCCCGUCUGCGGAGGCUAUCAGGAAAAGUAACAAGGAAGUCACGUUGCAUCAUAUUGCUCUUCCUGGACUGAUCGAGAAUGACCUUGAGGCUGCGGGAUUCCAGGAUCUUAGGGGUAAGAACUGUCGUUAG